AUGAAAGAGUUUUUUUGGGCUGGUAUGAAGACCACACAAAGGGUGGAGAGCAUCAAUCGGUUUUUCGAUGGCUAUGUUAACCGCAAAACCAAACUACAUGAGUUUCCUCAAAAGUAUUGCAUGGCCUUGGAUCAACGCGUUCGAGAUGAAGUGAGUGCAGAUGAGCGUUGCUCGAAGUACCUUAGGAGGUUGGUUAGUGGCUUCAAAGUAGAAAAAAUAUUUCAAAAGUUAUACACGGACAACAAGUUUCAAGAAGUUCAAAAGGAGUGUACGAGAAUGAUGUAUUGCAACGUUCGAGGAGAGAAGGUUUUGUUUGAAAACCUUAUUCAGUAUUCGGUGAUCGAUCGUGUAUGGAUAGUACCUCCCGGUGCUAGUGAGGAUGUCAUUACAGAUAGGCGAAGAACCUACAAUGUUACUUUUUUUCCAAUGACAAAGGAGGUGCAGUGUGACUAUAGGAAGUUUGAGACAAGUGGCAUACUUUGCAAACACUGUAUUAGGAUUCUCGAUGAAAACUUGGUUGAAGAUUUUCCAGAGAAGUACAUAGUAGCCCGUUGGCGGAAGGACAUACCCCAGAAGCACAGUAGGGUGAAGGUGGCCUACCAUGAUCCGGGGGACACGGUCACUGUGAAGAGAUUCAACAAAAUGAUGGGAAAAUUCGAGCCCUUAUGUGAAACCGCUGCCAUGGUGGAUGAUCAAACGGUCCAUAUGGUAAUGGAAACACUGUCGAAGCUUCAAUUAGCUGUUAAUGACCGUAGGGACAAGAAGAGUCAGGAGAAUGUUCCUAUAGUUAGUACACUGUCAUCAGCAGGUGAAGACAAAACGAUUUCCUCAGUUAGGAAUCCUGCUCCUACUGCUCCUGCAGAGCCCGGAGACCCCUGUCCAGCUGCCAUGGACCCUGUUAUCAAAGACCCUAUAAUUAACAAAAGGAAAAGGGAUGAUGUUGAUGUUGAGGAGGAUGCAGGAAAUGGUGUCGAGGAGGUUGCAGGAAACGGUGUUGAGGAGGAUUCAGGAAAUGGUGUUGAGGAAGAAAUGGUGUUGCAGGAAAUGGUGUUGAGGAGGAUGCAGGAAAAGGCAGGAAUGGCAGAACCAGACUCAUGGUUAAAUAUGAAGACUCUGAGCAUAGAAGAAACAGAUUUUACGGGAGGAUAUGAAGACCGGUUAUCUGAAGGGGAGGAAGAAGAGACUUUACAGCUAGAUGAUGACUUGAAUGAACCUCUUAUAGAAGGUGAAGAUAGAGAAUAG